AAUGUCCAUUUUUAAAUUUGUUAUUUGUUUCUGUAUGCUUGGUGGGGCUUUGGCUCGCACCGAAGCUGAAGUGAAGAAAUUCUUCUUGCAACAAAGCGUAGAAUGCGCUAAAGACCACCCGGUGACCGCUGAUGAGAUGACUAUGCUGAACAAACACCAGCUGCCCGAUAGUAAGAACGCACGCUGCCUCUUAGCAUGUAUCUACAGAAGAACUACAUGGAUGGACGAAAAAGGAAUGUUUGUGAAGGAGAACGCAUAUAAACUUGCACAAGAAAAGCAUCCCGACGACAAAGCGAAGUUGGAUAAAUCUAAGGAACUUUUUGAAUUAUGCAGCAAAGUAAAUGAAGAAACUUUCAGCGACGGCGACGAAGGCUGCGAGAGAGCUGCAAAAUUGACUAAAUGUCUUACAGAAAAUGCUCCUAAGAUGGGUUUCGAGCUAGAUUCGUAAUAAUUAAAAAAGUUAAGUAAUUAUAUAUGUUAUAAUUAAACUCAUUGGCA